AUGUGGUCAGUAGCAUCAAAAGUAGCAGGUAGUGGCGCAGGUACAAAGGUAGCUGGAGGAUUCUUACCAGAGUCAUCUAAAAUAAAGACAGCUGCUAGAUUUGGAGGAAUGAUAACUGGUGGUUUGGCUGUUGGUUUAGGUAUUAUGAUUAUUUUCUUCUCACAUUGGAUUAUUGGUCCUAUUUCAAUUGCAUUUGGAGGAUUUAUGUUAUUAUUAGAGUUUUCAUUGCCAUUUGUAUUAAAUGUAGAGUUUAUUGCUAUGGUUUUCGAUUAUAAAAUUAGAGGUCCCAUAUAUAUUGUAUUUUGUGUUCCAAUGUUCUUUACUAUUUUCACAAUUGCCCCUGCUUUGGGAUGUAUAUUUACAGGAGGAUGUUAUUGUGCACUUGGAUAUUUGAAGGGUGAAAAGGCAGAGAUGCCAUUAAACAAACAACAAACAACAGAGGUCAAGGGUGCCAAAAAGAGUUCACUCUCCUCUCAAGCUGAAGGUCCAGGAUUUUCAAUUAAAAGUUUUUGGUCAGCUCAAAUUAAUUAA